GGGCACAGCAGAGCCGGGCACAGCAGAAGAGCCGGGCAGGACCGGGCUGGGGGCAGAGCCUCUCCAGCCCCUCCGCUAGGUCCGGCCCAGCCCCUCCCGGUGCCCCCCAUGGCCCGUGGCGCGUGGGCACUGCCCUGCUUGGCCUGGGCGCUGCUCUGGGGCUGCGGGGCGCCCGGGCCCGGCCCAAAGAGGCAGUUCGUCAACCAGUGGGCCGCCGAGGUGCCCGGGGGGCCGGGGGCCGCUCGAGCCAUCGCCCACGAGCUGGGCUACCACCUCCUCGGACAGAUUGGAUCACUCGAAAAUCACUACUUGUUCCAGCAUAAAAAUCACCCAAGAAGGUCUCGGAGAAGUGCCGUUCAUAUCACAAAGAGAUUAUCAGAUGAUGAUCGCGUGUCUUGGGUGGAGCAACAGUAUGAGAAACAGCGAAGCAAACGUUCUGUCCUGAGGGAUUCAGCCAACAACCUCUUCAAUGACCCCAUGUGGACCCAACAGUGGUAUCUGCAAGACACCCGGAUGACUCCGACCCUGCCGAAACUGGAUCUCCACGUCCUGCCCGUCUGGCAGAAAGGAAUCACAGGGAAGGGGGUGGUCAUCACCGUGCUCGACGACGGUCUGGAGUGGAACCACACGGACAUCUAUGCCAAUUAUGAUCCAGACGCCAGCUAUGAUUUUAAUGAUAACGACCACGAUCCAUUUCCAAGAUACGAUCUGACGAAUGAAAACAAACAUGGCACAAGAUGUGCUGGUGAGAUCGCCAUGCAAGCUAACAACAAGAAAUGUGGAGUUGGCAUUGCUUUCAAUUCCAAAGUUGGAGGAAUACGAAUGUUGGAUGGCAUCGUGACAGAUGCCAUUGAAGCCAGCUCAAUCGGCUUCAAUCCAGACCAUGUGGACAUCUACAGUGCCAGCUGGGGACCCAAUGAUGACGGGAAGACCGUGGAAGGUCCUGGGCGGCUGGCCCAGAAGGCCUUUGAAUAUGGGAUCAAGCAGGGAAGAAAGGGAAAAGGCUCCAUCUUCGUCUGGGCCUCUGGGAACGGCGGCCGUCAGGGUGAUAACUGCGACUGCGAUGGUUACACAGAUAGUAUCUACACUAUCUCCAUCAGCAGUGCCUCCCAACAAGGCGUGUCGCCCUGGUAUGCAGAGAAGUGUUCUUCCACGUUGGCCACAGCGUACAGCAGUGGGGAUUAUACUGACCAGAGAAUCACCAGUGCCGACCUACACAACGAGUGCACAGUGACCCACACGGGGACAUCAGCCUCUGCCCCGCUGGCCGCUGGGAUCUUCGCUCUCGCUCUAGAGGCCAACCCGAACCUCACUUGGAGGGACAUGCAGCACCUGGUGGUUUGGACUUCCGAAUACGACCCGCUGGCCCUGAACCCUGGCUGGAAAAAGAACGGAGCGGGUCUCAUGGUCAACAGCCGCUUUGGCUUUGGGCUCCUGAAUGCCAAGGCCCUGGUGGAUCUGGCCGACCGCAGCACGUGGCGUGCCAUCCUGGAGAAGAAAGUGUGCAUCGUGCGAGAUGAGGCCUUUGAACCCAGAGCCCUGAGAGCUGAUGGAGAAGUUACCAUUGAAAUUCCUACUACAGCAUGUGAAGGUCAGGAAAAUGUCAUCACCUCCCUGGAGCACGUGCAGUUCGAAGCCACAAUUGAAUAUUCCCGCAGGGGAGACCUGCAUGUCACCCUCACCUCAGCAUUAGGAACCAGUACUGUGCUGUUGGCUGAAAGAGAGAGGGACACAUCCCCCAACGGCUUUAAGAACUGGGAUUUCAUGUCAGUCCACACGUGGGGAGAGAACCCAGUGGGCACUUGGGCAUUACGAAUUACUGAUAUGUCUGGAAGAAUGCAGAACCAAGGCCGAAUUGUAAACUGGAAGCUGAUUUUGCAUGGGACGUCAUCCCAGCCCGAGCACAUGAAGAAUCCUCGCGUGUACACUUCCUACAAUACGGUGCAGAAUGACCGCAGAGGGGUGGAGAGGAUGACUGAUUUGGCUGAGGAGCAGACCACGCCAGAUACCCUGAGCGAGACUCCUCCGGUUUCAGAAGGUCCCAGAGUGGGUAAUAGCAGCAGAGCAGAUAAACCAACUGAGCAAAUGUCUUUAGAUGCCAUGCUUCAGCUUCUGCAGAAUGCAUUCAACAGACAGAUGGUUCCCAACCGAGCACCAAAGAAGACUCCGAAGGAAGAGCUACGCAUUCCAAAUGAACUCUUCUAUCAAGCUCUGGAGAGAUUAAACAAACUUUCCCCCAUCAAAGACUCCGAGGACAGUCUCUACAGUGACUACGUUGAUCUGUUUUACAAGACCAAACCAUAUAAACAUAGAGAUGAUCUACUGCUGCAGGCCCUCCUCAACAUCCUCAAUGGACGAAACUGAAAUUAGGAAUGCGGUCCUGAGUUGGAAAUAUUCAUGCUUCCUAUGUAGCCCUCCCCCGUCCCCUGCCCUCAGCCCUCAAAGGAGGGCUUUCAUAUUUGGUUCCUAGGAUCAUUCACUCACUCAUCUGUGUCGCCUCUUGGAGACACAACCAGUCAGCAGAGAGAGGGUGAGAGCAGGCAGGAAUCUAGCAGAUGUGGGGAAACUGUUAGCUGGUGAGAGUCAAAAGCGGGUCUGUUCAAACCAUUCCCUCCCUGUCACAACAGUGGAUCACUCCUAUUGGGAUUUCCAGGCCUCCAGUGCCUCUCAGACCCCAUCAAAACUCCAGGCCCAGCCUUCUCCCUUAAACAAUUCUAAUCCAUCUCAAGGGAAACCUAAUUAUCAACUGUGGCUGUAAAACCAGGAGAUCUGUGUCAAGACCUACCCUGACCCCUGGCCUCAGUAAUUGGGGCUUUCCACCUCUAUAGGUUUCUUUGUAUUUCGGAUGCCUGCCUUCUCCCUGGUUCUUUACCUUUAAGCAUCAUAAAACGAAUCCUGAAUAUCUUUUAACAGCAUUUGUUAAGCACUAACAAUGUCAAGUAAUACUCUAAGUGCUGGGGUAGAUGCAAGUUAGUCAGGCCA